AGUUCCUGAUCCACAUACGAAGUUGAAACUCGCUUGCCAUUAAAUCGGAUAUUUCCGUCGUCUGACUGAAGAGGAAGAGAGAGAGAGAGCACAAGAGUAAUCGAGCAAUACCUAUAGUCCAGAUUCUUCUCUUGUUUCGCUUGCCCGAUCUGGUGCAGAGUUCUAAAGGAGGGUGCUUACCCUUUUUUUUAAUUAGAAGCAGCAGCUAAUUGGAAUUGGUAACUUGUGGGCGCUUUUUAGUUCUCUUUCGAGUUGGUCCGAGGUGGUUGGCGUUGAACUUCAUCCCUCUUUUUGAUUGGUGAUAUUUUUCAACAAAAUUAGGCCUUUCUUCUUCCCCCCCUUCUACUCUGCCCUUCUGAGAUGGGAACUUUUGCAAAGCUUUCGAGGAGGGCUCUGGAGACUGAAACCCCUGUGAUGGUUCAGAUCCAAGAAUUGAUGCGAGGAGCCAAAGAUGUCAUCUCACUUGCACAGGGGGUAGUUUACUGGCAACCUCCCGAGCAGGCUUUGAGGAAGGUGCAAGACAUUGUAUGGGAGCCUUCAACUAGUUAUUAUGGUGCAGAUGAAGGACUUUCAGAAUUGAGAUUGGCAUUGCUUGAGAAGUUACGUCGGGAAAACAAAUUGACAAGGUCUUCAGUUAUGGUGACAGCUGGUGCCAACCAGGCAUUUGUGAAUCUUGUCCUUACAUUAUGUGAUCCUGGGGACUCUGUUGUUAUGUUCGCACCAUAUUACUUCAAUGCUUACAUGUCAUUUCAGAUGACUGGCAUUAACAACAUACUGAUUGGUCCAAGCAAUAAAAAUACACUACAUCCUGAUGUAGAAUGGUUGGAGAAGUUGCUUUCAGAGAAAGAAACUAAAUCAGUUCCGAAGCUUGUUACAGUGGUCAAUCCAGGCAACCCUACUGGGAGUUAUAUCCCACCGCCACUCCUUCAGAGAAUUUCAGAUCUCUGUAAAAGUGUUGGAGCAUGGCUUGUUGUAGAUAAUACCUACGAGUACUUCAUGUAUGAUGAUUUGGAGCAUUCUUGUAUAGAAGAUGACCACAUAGUCAAUGUUUUUUCAUUUUCUAAAGCUUAUGGAAUGAUGGGAUGGCGUGUUGGUUAUAUAGCUUACCCUACUGAAGUGGAAGGCUUUGGCGCUCAACUCCUCAAAGUCCAAGAUAACAUACCCAUCUGUGCUUCCAUAAUAGGACAGCGCCUGGCGCUUUAUUCAUUGGAAGUAGGCCCAAAAUGGAUAAGAGAGAGAGUCCAGGACCUUGUGAAGAACAGAGAGAUGCUCAAGAGAGCUCUUUCUCCGCUCGGCGAAGAGGCGGUUAAAGGCGGCGAAGGUGCCAUUUACCUGUGGGCAAAACUCCCAGAGAACUGUUCUGAUGAUUAUGAGGUUGUUCGAUGGCUAGUCAGAAAGCAUGGGAUAGUGGUAAUACCUGGAAGUGCAAGUGGUGGAGCUGGUUACAUCAGGGUCUCAUUUGGUGGGUUGAAAGAGGCUGAUUGUGAAGUUGCUGCAGAGAGGCUAAGGAAGGGAUUGGAAGAACUAGUGAGAGAUGGGAUGAUAUAGUUGUUUUUUUUUUUUUUUUUUUUUUAGUAUUCUUCCUUGAUUUCUUUUUUAAAAUAAAUGUGUAUUCAGGGCAAGGAUGCCAAAUCUAUGGGCAAGGAAGUAAUGAUUUUAAAUGAAGAACUUGAUUGAUUGUAAAAUCUGCUCGAACUAGCAGAUGUAUUAUUUCUAAAUGGAAGUAACAGGCUAUUCUUGGGGAUGUUUAAUUCA